AAGUUUAUAAUUGCUGAGCUGAGCAAACAACGCAAUUUCCCUCUUUCAUUCCAUUCCCAGAAAGAAAAUUUACAAAUCACAGCAACGUUUAAUGUCUAUCGAUCUUAAUUUAUUGUAAUUAGGUUUUGCUCAAUCGAUUUCAUUCAGCAUGUGCCACUAUUCCACUCAAUUUCCGAGUUAGUAAGGGAAGAAGCUGUUUCCGCAAUGGAAGGUAACAAGGACGAAGCAUUGCGCUGCGUUCGGAUCGCCGAGGAAGCAAUCGCGUCGGGGAACAAAGACCGCGCCGUCAAAUUCCUCAGAAUCGCUAAGCGACUAAACCGCGAUUUGCCGAUUCAAUCAUUGCUACAGAAGUGCGAGGGUCUUGAUUCUCAGUCCUCCGCCACUGCCUCUCAUGGUGCGCAGGCCACUGGUACUUCUUCGCGGGGCGAACGUUUGAACGGGGAGAGGAGUCACGCGAGUUACACGGAGGAGAACGUUCGGUUGAUUAGGGAAAUCAAAGGAAAGAGCGACUACUACGCGAUACUUGGAUUGGAGAAGAGCUGCUCCGUCGAAGAGAUUCGGAAAGCGUAUCGGAAGCUCUCGCUGAAGGUUCAUCCCGAUAAGAACAAAGCGCCCGGCUCAGAAGACGCGUUCAAGAAAGUCUCGAAAGCUUUCAAGUGUUUGAGCGAUGACGGUUCUAGAAGGAUGUAUGACCAGACCGGAACCGUCGAUGAUUUCGACCACGGCGAGGUGAACGCCUUCCGGCGGAGGAGGAGAAGGACGACGACAGCAACCACGACGCGCGAUUUCUUCGAAGAAGAGUUCGAUCCUGACGAAAUAUUUAGGGCUUUCUUCGGACACUCCGAUGUGUUUGGGAGAAACCAUGUUUUCAGGCCCCGCGGCAUGGGGAAUCCCCAUAGGACCGAGGUUAAUGAUGGAUCGGGAGGGAGGCAUCACAAUGUUAUGCUUCUGAUUCAGCUUUUGCCGCUUUUGAUUAUUAUUCUUCUCGCGUACUUGCCGUUUUCUGAGCCUGAGUAUUCCUUGCACAAACAUUACAACUACCAGAUUCCGAAAACGACUGAGCUGCACGGGGUGCAGUUCUUCGUGAAAUCGCAGGAGUUUGAAGGGAAUUAUCCGGUGGGAAGUGAUGCUCGUGUGGCGGUUGAGGAAAGUGUGCUAAAGGAUUACAGGAGUAUGCUUCGGAGAUACUGUCAGGUGGAGAUGCAGAGACGGAGUUGGAAUAGGAAUCUGCCUACUCCUCACUGUGAUAAGCUGCAGAACUUUGCAGUCAUGGCAUGAAGAGAAAAAGUUGGGAGCCACAGAUGACAGGACCAUCAAUCAGCGCUUGUUGGGUGAGUCAGAAGCAACAAACACAAGAUUUUCAAUCAGCGCUUGCAUGAAUUUGUCAAGGAUAUCUAAUAUAUCCGUGGGAGUGGCUCUUAUUAUAGGCUGUAUCCUAACUGAGUAGCCUCCAGUCUAUUGCUGUACACUUCUUCCUGUGAGAAGUCUCUGAUGAAUGUGCUUAAACAUGUGUUUGUAUUGUUUGAGGGAUAUAUGGAUGCGCUUAUCUAUUAUGUUAUAUGCGAUUAUUAAUGACGCAUAACAAGUAAGCAAAUAAUUACACCUGUCAAAGUCAUAAAAGUAUCAUCAGUGUUGGACAUUUAUAUACAAGCUCAAGAUCCUAGUUUUCUGAGCUACUUGAGGGUAAGCGGUUAUUUAUAGUUGUAGGCGUAUAUGUGAUAAAGGAAACCAACAUAUUGCUUCAUUAAGGCGAAUUUCUAUUUCGCCAAUUAAGGAAGUCUUGCAGUCAUCUGAUUGAAUUUGAUUUUGACCAGGUGGGAAGAUUGUGGCAUUUUUCUUUUUGGGUGACGGGAUUGUGGGCUUGUUCUGCGUUUUCUGCUAUCUAUUGUGUGAAGAAGGUUCUUUUUGCCCCUUUGUUGAUGCUUGGCAUAACUCUUGAUUUGAGAGACGAAUACUGUACUUGGAUUUAUCUAAAAUGCAACUAAUAGUUGCUUUUCCAUUGUGCAACACGGAGAGCUGCCCCAUAAAAAUGUGCAAAAUUGAUUUGAGAGGGGGUCUACAUGAAAGCUGAAAUAUAGUAUAGAGAAGGACAGAAAGCAAAGAAAAGCAUGAUAAAAAGCUUGAGGUGAAGAGUAAAAAGGUUAGAGGAAGGCAUCACCGACACGAGAUCUGAGGUUCACCACCAUUCUCUCUGCAACUUUUUUCAUUUCCGUAUUCAAAUAGACACAUCCACUUUUGUUUGCCCCCUCUUCCAACAUAUCUCUACUGUGACGCCAAUAAAUGAAUGUAUUUCCAUAAAUGGUAGGACUAACUUUCCAAAUUUUCAUUUAUUUUAAAAUGAAAAUAAUGAGAAUUAAAAUAUGAUGGAAGUUACAGAGUUU